AUGCCGCCGCCGAUCCGCCGGGGUUUCAGCCCUCUCAGGCUGGUUGUCGCCGUGGCCUACCUGGCCAUCGCAGCCUUCGUCUACUGCCAGUUUACCGCCGGGCCAUGCCUUUUCCACUUGAGCGCGCCGAGUGCAUCGAGCCAUCAGCAAGUCGCCUUCACCAACGAGCUCGUACCACUCGAGGCGCACAUCAUGAGCAAGUGCCCAGACGCAAAGGACUGCCUCCGCGACAUGGUGCUGCCAGCGAUGCAGAAAGUCUACGACAAGGUUAACUUCACGCUGUCAUUCAUCGGAAAGCCGACCGAUCACGACGAUGGUGUGGAAUGCAGACACGGGCCGGAGGAGUGCCUCGGUAAUAUCAUCGAGCUAUGUGCCCAGAAGCUCUACCCGGAUCCCAAGACGUUUCUCGGCUUCGCCAUGUGCCUGACCCGCGACUAUGACCACAUACCCCAGCGCAGCCUGAUUGAGGAUUGCGCGCUCGAGCACGCCAUCGACUUUGACAAAUUGAAUGAGUGCGCGACCAAAGACGACGGGGCGUACGGCGUGGGGAUGCUGAGAGACAGCGUGAAACGGACAGCCAAGGUACGUCGAUACUCCCUCUGUUCUCCUGUAUCUCUAUUCUAA